AAGCAAUAACAACGCGCUUGGAUGCUAUGAAAGGCUUUGCUGUGUCCAUGCCAGGCGCCGGAAGAGAGACUACCAUUGAAAAAAUAUGCAAUAAAGUGUGUUUGAUUCCCACCAAAACUAAACCGAAAAAGCUUACUUUUCUCGGGUCUGACGGGCUUUACUAUUCGUACUUGUUUAAGGGGUCUGAAGAUCUGCGAGUGGACGAGAGGAUCAUGCAGCUUCUGGCAACCACCAAUCUCCUGCUGAAUCGAAAAACGAAGAAACACGCAGCCAACCACCGUCCUAGCCCCGCCAGGACAUACGCCGUGGUUCCUACAGGUGUCCGUUCUGGCCUUAUCCAAUGGGUGGCCGGACUUGUUCCAUUGUACACGCUGUAUAAGCAGUGGCAUCUGACGGCACACGGGCAAGGCGGCUUUAAAGCUUCUGAAAUUUUUCAGCAGAAAGUUAAGGCUCGUUUAGCGAAGUACCAAUUGGCUGAGGGCACUUCUCGGAGGGACUGGCCAAAAGAAUUAUUAAGAGAAGUUUUUGAAGAGUUAUGCAAAGAGUGGCCGUCGCAUUUGAUUCGAGACUCAAUUCUUCUUUUCGCCAACUCCAAUGCCCAUUGGUUGUACAAGAAGCAGCAGUUUGUGGGGACCACCGCCACGAUGUCAAUGGUUGGUUACUUUUUAGGGCUCGGCGACCGCCAUUUGGACAAUAUUCUUUUGGACGUGCGUACGGGUGAAGUAGUGCAUAUCGACUACAACGUCUGCUUUGAGGCCGGCAAAAAACUUCGAGUCCCUGAACGUGUCCCUUUUCGCUUAACACAAAGUAUUGUGAGCGCAUUGGAUUGGGGGCUAAGCGGUCUUUCUUUUUUUAUGAGUUUGUGCGAGGCUCUGCUGUCUGUUCUGCAUGGCGAAAAAGACAUCGUGUUAUCGCUUCUCGAGUCGUUUGUGUAUGACCCAAUCACCAGCUGGCUUGAGGCUCAAGACGCGUCGAUUCUUAAAGCCGCGGAGCAUGUGAAAACCACAAUGCAUCUUUUUAUUGCCCGACUCAAAGAGAUGCACCACGAUUGGCGGUUGAAGUUUAGUAAGCUUUACAGCCUCCUUGAAAAACUUUUUGAACUUUUUACGCGGCACUCCUGUCUCAAGAAUUAUAUUGCCGACGGGAAAAAGGAAGUGGACACUGCAGCGGCGCGGUAUGCUCGAAUAAGAACAUCAGUAAAGGACCUCUAUGCGGUUCAGGAGGCCUUGUCUAAGGCAGAGAGCGACUGUUCACUUGCCUCCAUGCAGCUCUCUAGAGUGGACCUGCAGCUUGAACAGGAGGCUAAACAGACGGCCGCCUGCGUCUCUUUAUACCAGAACCUUCUUGUCUUCCUCCAAACGACUUUUGCUUCGGUCAGCCACCCAAUCGCUACUACAUUGCCAGAGUCGGCGCCAGUUUACGAGUUUUUAUCUAAGUUUGGCCAAAAGGACUCGGUGCAAAAGUUCAAGAGUUUGAGUGAAGCUUUCACGGAGCGUCUGGCCAAUUAUGAUAAGUGCUAUCAGGAAUUAUUAGAAAACUUUCGCCAAUUGCGCUACUUCUUCACCGACGAGCUGGACGCCUCUUCUACACUUUUGUCCAAUGACGGAAUUUUUGCGCGUCCUCCGCUAAACUUCCCCAAAACUUCGUUUCUUUGGUUUUUGGAGGUUGUAAAUCCACUAAUCCAACUGCGAGAGGACGGUGCAGCUUUUUUUCUUGAUGGCGGCCAGCAGCGUCAUUUGAUUGGCCGGGAAGUUUAUAGUAACAAUCCGCUGCACCAGAAUUAUAGUGACAAGUUCAACCUCGACACCUGGACAGCUACCUGCGAGCACAUGAACCGUGAUAUUGGCGGGUUUACUUUUUCACUGGACCGUCAACCGCGAGGUCCGGCCUUCGAGGUCUACGAGGUGUUGAAAGAAAUACGAGCGCGCAUUUCCGAGGCUGGUCUGUCGACCGAUAGAGGAAGCGAAGGGUCUGUUCAGAAAGCUGUGCUACUGAUAAAGAAAUCUUUUUUUAAUGAAGCGAAUACUACAGUCUUUUUGCACACGGCGAUUAGCGCUAUUCAACAUGUCUUGUCUAGCUUUGCUAACCCAUCCAACCCGUUUCCUUCGCUUUUGGGACAAGUUCGGUUUAUCUGUGAAAUCGUUAAUAUACUUGACGAACACAAUAAGUCGGGCUCCGCCGAUUAUAGAGGAGCUAAGACUUUCUGGGCUGCUGUUUGGGAGACGCUCAGCCAUAUUAACAGCGCCGGACGGUCGUUUUUUAUAGAAAUGAUUAGAAAUCUGCCGUAUUUUUUCAACGUCCACACACACGUCUCAUUGGAAGGAGACGUGGACUUAAUACGAGAGUUCGAGCAAUUUCACAAUCUGCUCACUGAUUGUAGUGAUACCAAUAAGAAAGCGUCCAAUGGGGAACACCCGUCCGUUUCGCCUGACUUAGAAAGGACAGCCUUAGUUAAACUUUUGCAAAAGACCAACAUUCCCCCACUUUGCAAACUUGAAGAAGCUUUUUCUCAAGCCGAGCAAGUAUGGAUUCGAUCUGAGGGCACCUGUGAGGAUGGCGGCAGCGGAUUGGAUACUCUGCAAAGGGGCUUCAUUAAAGUCUGCCUCAGUUUUUAUAGCGAUAUUGCGAAGGCUGUGUUCCACGUGAAGGGCCUGAGCUCUCCCGCCACGAGCUAUCUCGCCGAAAAGGCGGAUGUCGAGUUGUUGAACUUUUUCAAGUCGAUUUUUAUGAGAAGUUUUUUUUUUCCAAUGGGAUUGCGCUUUUACGAAUUUAUCCUUCAAAAGCGUCUUAUUAAUGAAGGAAUUGUGCUACUCGCCGCGCUUAACAAACACGUGGCCACGGCAGAGAAGGAGUGGCCGAUCUCUGCCCGAAGUCAAACUCGUUCGAGCGAAAGAAUUUGCCGCGCGGAGUGCAGAAAACUUCUGCGCUUGUGCAGUUUUUCUUAUGAACUUUUUAGCCAAAAUGAAACGAAGGAACUUCUUGCCUGCUGUGAUAUUGCUCUUCUACGGCUACAUUGGACGUUUAAUUGGACGGCCGAAUCAGACUGCCUCUCCACCGUGGAAAAUUAUUUGUUUAAAGCAUUGCAAAAAAGUUACUAUCAAACUUCGGAGAGUAUUGUUGGAUUGCAAGCUUUAAACCAUCAAAUGGAAAUGGUGGAAAGCGACGUUCAAAGUCGGAUGAAGUGGGCUGCAACCACCAAUCACGACAUUAUAAAGACACUUGAAGAGUUUGUGGACUAUCGAAAGCAACGAGGAUUAUCUUUGAAGGUACGAUGCGACACGUACGCGGAAAUUUCGCGAAGAGUCCAGGAAUUUGCGCACUUCACAAAAGCCUCGCUUAUUUCGGAAAGAGCUGUCAAUUGGGCGAAAAAGGUUUUUUCAUUAUUACUGGAGCGCAGGAACGUUUGCUGGUCUCUGCAGCACGUCAAGGGCCAAUUGAAAGCUUAUGAAGAACUUAUUCAACUCAGCAUGGAGGGACACGUCGAUAUUUUUUCGACGGAGGAAAUCAACAAAUGGCUGAGCUCAUGCAAUAAGGCUCUCCAAAAAAAGAACAGAAUAAUGAACACUAGAUACGCCGAACUCAGAGCCAUAGAAAACGAGCAGCGUGUCGGCUUAGACGCGUUGGCCAUGUGCGGGAGGGAUUUUGAACCGCUUUUUCAGCAAAUAGACGAGGCGUUAUCCUCAGUGCGGUCGUCCAUGCCCUCGGGCUCAUCUCCCGCCCUUCCGCAGGCCAAGCUGGUAGACGACUUUGACUGUGCUUUAAAGUUAUUCACAGAGAAGUUAAAAUUGUUGGACACGCUCGACAAAAAUCGUCUCCAGGAAUUGAAGGCUUCUGCUGAACACGUGGAUACUCUUUUUGGUGAAUGGACUGGAGACUCAAUAAGUGCGAUGUGCCCUUGUGAAACAUCCAAUAGUCUUUCGCAAUUUGAAUUUAAUAAGCACGCUAUCAAAGUAUGGGACGUUGUCAGUGGGAAGCUCGACACCGGAGGCCAGCUUCAACCAAUCAGUGCGAAGGUCGCAUCUUUGGUCGAGCAGGCCCGCUCGCCUGACAAUCUCAGUCACAUGUACGAAGGAUGGACGCCGUGGAUUUAAAGUGAAGCGCGCCGGCCACCUUUUAUGUCGACCAAUCAAGAUAGGGUUACGAAACCCUAAGGGGAAACGCCGUUUUUCCACAUGUUUUCGCUUCAUCUCCGUUGCUAGUGUGGAUUUUGAGAAAACGAAUAUUGGCAAUGUGAGAAUUCUUUCAAAUUUUUUAAAGAAGUUUUUUUAUUACUGGGCAUUUGGAAAAACCGCCCAUGCGCUCUGGGAAAAGUAUCCUCAAAUAAGCGCGCUUUUUUAUUCAAUAA